UCUAUAUAUUGAGGUGCUUCUGAUCAGUCUAAACAAUACAAAUUAAAUUAUCCCACUUGAGGCCGAAAAAAUUCAAUAGUGCAACAAUAUGAAGAGUUUAAUUUUCUGUAAUAAUGUAUUGAUCUCGGAGAAUCAUAAGCCUUACAUUGCCAUGCUGCUUGUUCAGUUAAUUUAUGCAGGCAUGGCCUUGUUCUCCAAGGCAGCAGUUGCUCAAGGAAUGAACCCUUUCGUGUUCGUUGUUUAUCGACAAGCUUUCGCUUCUCUCGCCUUAGCUCCAUUUGCUUUCUUUCUUGAAAGUAAGAAGACUUCUCCUUUAUCAUACUACUUGCUCUGCAAGAUUUUCUUGAUUUCCUUGUUUGGGCUUACUCUAAGUUUAAAUCUCUACUAUGUUGCAAUCAACUAUACUACAGCCACAUUUGCCGCAGCUACCACCAACACAAUUCCUGCCAUUACAUUUGUCUUGGCUGGUCUCUUGGGGAUGGAAAGCAUUCCCAUAAGACAAAGUUAUGGAAUUGCCAAGGUGUUGGGUUCUAUUGUAAGUGUUUCAGGAGCUUUAGUGUUUGCAUUUGUGAAGGGGCCUUCUCUUCCAUUCAUGAAUUGGCAUCCAAACACUCCAGAUUCAUCAUCAAAACAUAGUUCUUUAGGAGAAUGGAUCAAAGGUGCUCUGAUAAUGAUUUCAGCAAACACAGCCUGGUCUUUAUGGCUUGUUUUGCAGGGUCCAAUAAUUAAGCAAUAUCCAGCAAAAUUACGUCUUACCACUCUCCAAUGUUUCUUCAGUUGCAUACAGUCAGCUUUUUGGGCUGUUGCGGCCGAGAGAAAUCCAUCAGCGUGGAAACUUGGAUGGAAUAUCAACCUUCUUUCUGUGGCCUAUUGUGGUGUGAUUGUCAAUGGCAUUACUUAUUGGCUGCAAGUUUGGGCUAUUGAGAAAAAGGGGCCACUUUUCACAGCAAUGUUCACACCAUUUGCUCUUAUUAUAACCGCAAUAUUCUCAGCAUUCUUUUGGAAAGAGACCCUCUACUUGGGAAGUGUUGGUGGGGCUGUUUUGCUGGUUGUUGGUCUCUACAGUGUGUUGUGGGGAAAGAAAAAAGAAGAAGGAAAAAGUGUAACAAAUGACGAAGAAAAUCCUGAAACCAAAGAGGAAACCAUAUUGGAGAGCGCUACUACAACAUACCACUGACUACUCAUUUUAAUCGAUGGGACAUAAAU